AUGUUUGCGCUUGACACCGCCCGUGUUCGCCGUCGCCGCUGGUCCUGUUCUUGCCGAACGCUCGCUAAUCGCCGUUCCCGUCAUCUGGACAAAGCAAGUUCCAUCAGCACCAUGUUUCAACAGCGGCACGAAGAUGCUCGUGUUCACCAACAGCCAGACAAACCUGUCCGUCCCAACUCUACCAUGUACGUAGUCCCACUCCUGGUCCAACACCAGGCUCGUCACCAUCGAGUUUGGAUAGAGGUUGAUCAGACCAGGUCUGCCCGUGGAUGUAAAGCGAAACGAUUCCAGUCUAUCAUCAGGUCGCCUGUAUCCUUUCAGCAGAACAUUGUUCGACGCAUCGUAUUUGCCUCUUGCUCCAGCACUGGCCGAUGCCGAUGCGUUGGCCAGAAUUUGCAACUGAGCUUCCUGGACCGCAUCGUGGACCGUUGUACACGGUCCGCUUUGACCCGGUUGUUGACUGCCGAAAGCUGGUAUCUGGCUGAGGUGUAUAACGUCAAUGCCGACCAGGGUGCCGUCGAGACGCUUCCAUCGGUCGGGAGAGAGAUCUCUGGCGGGACGCUUGCUGCUCGACGCGGCUACGUCAACACCAAAAUACUUGCGAAUGAACGCCAAAAGUGGUACGACAUUGUCAAAGUGUCGUUGCAGAACAGAGCAUCUUACAUCGCUCUGCGCGGAUCUAUGCGGCAGCAUCUCAGCUCUCCAUGA